CUUGUGUUUUUCUCAACAUUUGAAGAAGCAUCACACUCUGUUUUCUCACAAAUAAUGGCCGGAGGCGACGGUGGCGGUGACGCGAACCGAUCUCUGCAAGAAACCCCCAUUUGGGCUCUUGCAACAGUUUGUUUCAUCUUCAUCUUCCUUGGCAUUUUUGUCGAACAUCUUAUUCAUCUUGCUGGCCAUUGGCUCAAGAAGCAUAAGAAGGCUGCUCUUUAUGAAGCUAUAGAGAAGCUUAAGUCAGUGUUGAUGCAAUUGGGGUUCAUGUCACUGAUAUUGACAGUGACACAAGGAUCUAUUUCCAAAAUAUGCAUAGCAAACUCAGCUGCAGAUUAUAUGCUCCCAUGCCGCAGCCAAUCACACACCAAGACAACACAACAUCUAUUAUUCACAAAUUUAAAUAAACCACAGUUCCAACCUCACCACCACAGAUUAUUGCUAGCAGAUUCACCUUCUAACUCAUCUGAUUAUUGCGGAUCUAAGGGGAAGACUUCAUUGAUGUCGGUAGAGGGUAUGAAUCAGCUCAAUAUCUUCAUAUUUGUGCUAGCAGCUCUGCAGAUUGUGUAUAGUUUGGCUACCAUGGGCUUAGGAAGGGCUAAGAUGAAGAGGUGGAAAAGUUGGGAAAAGGAGACUCAAACUAUAGACUACAUAACAGCAAAUGAUCCAGAGAGAUUUCGAUAUACAAGACAGACGACAUUCGGGCGUCGACAUAUGAGUAGUUUUGCUACAAAUUCUGCUCACCUCUGGAUUAUAUGUUUUUUCCGACAGUUCUUCAAGUCUGUGGCAAAAGUCGACUACUUCACUCUACGCCAUGGAUUUAUUUCGGCUCAUUUAUCAACAAAUAAUUCAUUCAAUUUUCGAAAGUAUAUUCAACGAUCAUUGGAAGACGAUUUCAAAGCUGUUGUCGGCAUAAACCCAAUGAUGUGGAUGGUGGUGGUUAUAUUCUUGUUGGUUGAUGUACAUGGAUGGAACGUCUACUUGUGGGUCUCAUUUCUACCUCUACUCAUAGUUCUGUUUGUGGGAACAAAAUUGGAAAUAGUAGUGGCAAAAAUGGCAAUGCAAUUAGCAAAUAAUAACACAGUGAUCAAGGGAACUCCAUUGGUGCAACCAGACAGCAGUCUCUUCUGGUUCAAACGGCCCCAACUCGUCUUGACUCUUCUUCAUUUCAUCCUCUUUAUGAAUGCAUUUGAGUUGUCCUUCUUCAUAUGGGUCACAUGGCAAUUUGGGAUCAAGUCCUGCUACCACGAACAUGCCGCGAUCUUUGUUAUCAGAAUUGUACUAGCGGUGACCGUACAAGUUCUUUGUAGCUACAUCACUCUUCCUCUCUAUGCCCUUGUUACUCAGAUGGGUUCAAAAUAUAAAAGUGCAAUACUUGAAGAGCACACAAUUCAUGCAUUAAAACAAUGGCAUGCAAAUGUGAAGCACAAGAGAAAGAUUAAUGAUCAUCCACACCACUCAUCACCGGACGACUCGGCAUCCACGGCGGUGAUAAAUGGGAGCAAUAGCGGAACAACGGAUGCCUCAACGUCCCAUCGACCAUCGCCUACUUUUACGGAGUUUGUUUCUAGUGAUGAAGAUGAUGAGAUCGUUGAAAUCCAAACGCAGGAAACUAACACUAGUCAAAUCCAAAAGCAACAUGGAUUGGAUCAAAUAGUAUAGCCAUUUAAACUUUUAAUUUUGGUAGUUAAUAGGAUUAACAAUACAUGGAUGAUGGAUUCAAUUUUAACUUAUCAUAUAUAGUUACACAUAUACACAUAUGAUCAGGAGUAAUGGUUGAUCAAUAAUAGUAGUGCUUAUAAAUUAUUUCUUCA